AUGAGCACCAGAGCCUCAGCUAGUUACAAAUGCGUGCCCGAGUUCGUGAAUGCAGCCUUCAACCGGCGCGUGGAGGUGACCAACACGUGCGGCGAGCAGCGCCCUCAGGAAUACUGCCUCCAGACGGGCGGCUACGGCUCCAAGAAGGCGUGCGAGAUCUGCAAUGCCUACGUGCCCGAGCUCGCCCACCCCGCCCAGUACCUGACGGAUUUCAACAACAACAACAACCAUACGUGGUGGCAGUCGGAGACCAUGUUCGAGGGGAUCCAGUUCCCCAAUCAGGUUAACCUCACGCUGGAUCUCGGCAAGACCUUUGACAUCACGUACGUACGGCUGUUCUACCACUCGCCACGACCCGAGUCCUUCGCCAUCUUCAAACGGACCGACGACGACAAGGAGUGGGUGCCCUAUCAGUAUUACAGCGCCACCUGCCGCGACACCUACGGGAUCCCGGACUCGAACUACGUGCGGCGCGAGGACGAGACCCGCGCCCUCUGCACGUCCGAGUUCUCCGACAUCUCGCCGCUGACUGGGGGGAACGUCGCUUUUCCACGCUCGAGGGGAGGCCGUCGGCUUACAACUUCGAGAAGAGCGCCGAGCUGCAGGACUGGGUCUCGGCCAAAGCCAUCCGCAUUGUGCUCGACCGCCUCAACACCUUCAGAGACGAGGUGUUCGGUGAUCCUCGGGUACUCAAGUCCUACUUCUACGCCAUCACUGAUUUCGCCGUCGGUGGCAGAUGCAAGUGCAACGGCCACGCCUCCGAGUGCGUGGCUUCGACGGGGCUGGGAGGCGAGGUCGAGCUCGUGUGCCGCUGCGAGCACAACACGGCCGGGAACGACUGCAACGAGUGCCUGCCAUUUUAUAACGACGCUCCCUGGGCACGUGCCACGGCGACGGAUGCCCACGAGUGCAAGGAAUCGUUAUUUGAACACCAGGACCCGGGUAGGUGGUGUUAGUGGUGGGUGUGUCGCCAGCGGGCAGGUAAAGGUAUAUUAUAAGUAUGGAUACCUCGAAGACCCCGUGUUAAAUCUCCCCAACCUGUGGGAAGAUGCCCAGGACCCACACAGAGAUACGACCUCGAGAGCAGCCGUAUUUACAAUUCAGAGGAGAUACGACCUCGAGAGCAGCCGUAUUUUACAAUUCAGAGAGAUACGACCUCGAGAGCAGCCGUAUUUUACAAUUCAGAGAGAUACGACCUCGAGAGCAGCAGGUGUCUCCAGUCCCGAGGGUGCAUACGACGUGGAAUUCCCCACAUAUAAUCGUGUUUACCUUACCACCUUGCGAGGCAUUCGUAUGAACCACAAGAAAGGAAUCUCAGUCUCGAUGAACUCGACCCUGACCAAGACCACGCCCCCGUGCCUGGUAAGAGCCUCGUGCUUGCAGGAAGUCCAGAACAAACGCCCAGGAGCUGCCUCGCGCCGAGCCCUCGCGUGGACGGCCAGAAGGACGUCGGCGUUAGCGCAUACUUAUCGCAUUGUUGUCUCCCUGAGUCAGCGGUUGGCAGCGGCGCCCCAGGCACUUUUAGUAUCGGGCGGCGAGGGCGAGCGAGGGCGCGGAGACCAGCCCUUCUCCUCCUCCUGUGCCGCUCGCGGGUUGCCGGCUGGCUUGGCUCGGCUUGCCUUCGCUCGCCGUCUGGCUCGCCUCCGACGCGACCGUCAGUCUUGCCUUGGCGCUGUGCGGUGCGGGUGUCCAGAGCUGCGCUCGCGAGAUCGGUCUAGAAGGUAG